AUGGCUCCAAUUACCAACGUUUUGGCGUUCGGCAAGGAUUUCAUCCUCUUCCAGCAUGUACCCGAAGACCAGGAGUACACGAUAAAGGACAUGGGAACUGAGUACCCAACCUAUGGCGAACCCGAGGAUGUCGAGACCGUGAACCAGGCCAUCCUGGUGGCCUAUCGGGGGGACUCGAUAGUAGAUGAAGAAGGCGAUGAGCUUCACGCCGAGCUUGCGGGGCCAAAGGAGCUCACUAUCUACCACGAGGAGAACCUCCGCGACGGGUUCAUCCGCCACAAUCUGGCUCGGCCGACUGAGGCAGUCAGAGUCAUGGCCCGGGCAGGCCGACUCUUUCUGCCAAAGAACAAGAGGGAGGCCCCGGCGAUGAAGAACAGACUGGUGCUUCAGGCACCGACAGGUACGGACCUCCUAAAGGGAGUAUAUAUCGGCAUCUCAGGGAUCUCCCUGCAACCGGCAUUUGCUGCCGGCGUCAUCAGCCCACACGUGCAGCUGCGUUUCUGUUGCCGCUUGCUUCCACGUAUCAUCCUCCUGUGCUUUCACGACGGACUCGGCGGUGUGAGAGGUAAUGGCCUUCACGAUAGCCACAGCGGCAGCUGUCUUACCGGCACCAGCCAGUUACGAAAGCCCAACCAAACGGCACUGACUUCGUCUGGCCUGGUGAAGGCCAUCGAAGAUGCCGCCGCUAUCAAUGAGAACGUUGAGACUGCUGCGCUAGAGGCUAACGGCUUUGCCCUACCGGAAGGGGAUUUCACGCUGCCAGUCUAUAGACUCCCGACCGAGGGCACUGGCGAUGAGGCCGCUAGAACCAACGCUGAUGAGGGUAUCGCUGACACCAACGCUUGGCCUGGUGACACUAACCUUGAUGCGCAAGACUUGGCCUGGCCCGUUGAAGAAAGCGGCAACAACACGCAGUUGCACGUGUGGGCUGGUGGCAACGGCAGCGAGACUGCGAUCGAGACCUGGACGGUUGCCGGAACCGAGGCGGGGGUUAUCAGCGCGAACCUGCACACGAGCAUCACCCCAGCCCAGCCCACUAUGGCACAGGCAUCCUUCCUUGAGCAAGAGAACGACCACACUCCAGUUUCAGGUAACCGCUUCGAGUAUCCCACAGCAGCUGAAACUUCAAAUGGCUUUGUUGUUCCUAGCGGCCUAUUAGACAAUGGAGACGCGUCAGGCACGAUUGAGACAUCGGUUCGCUGGAGAACGGUGUCUUCCAGACGCCGCAAGUUCAAUCUUCAUGUCCACUGGCUAUGGCAAAACCCGGACUACCUUCUUGUCAGGGCAGGUCAACUGAAGGCGACGGGCGGCAUCGUCGACCAGGCGGUUUUGAGGCGCAGUCCAGGCAACCCGGGCAUUGCGACCGGCAGUGGUUGUCUGAGUGUCGUCGCCAUUGUCUAA